AGAUGUGAUUCCCUCCUGUGGACACCAGAGGUGAACAUAACAGCGCACAUCAGCGGGAGGGCAGCUCCAACUUUUUAAAUAAGAACUGGGAAAGAAGCAAAAACAAGAAUAUUACAGGACAACGGUGAGCUAAACAAAACUUUAAAAUUGUUGCAGAGCAAAAAUAAAAGGGACUGUUGUUCUCUUCUGAAGAUAUUUUCUUGAUUGUGGGAUUGAUAUCUUUUUGUGCAAAGUGCAAGCUGCAGAAAAACCCACAGAGACGAUCAAAGAACAAAAAACUGUGUGAAGAAAAAAUCGUGUGCCAAAUGUAUGUAAAUAUAAUCAUGUCUAAAACUAAAGUAGAAAACAACUUCCCAAACAGAGUAGCAGAGGCGGAGCAACAGGAGGAGAGCUUCGACGUCCUGUUCCUGAAAUGAAACUUAAGGUUUGUCAGAGCCACAGCAGAGCUGCAGUCGAGACAAGUCUGUGUGUUUCUGUCUAAAGAAAUAUUAAACAGAGUUCAUCAGGUCUUUUUAAGAAGCGACUCAAACACUGUGUGUAGCUAUGUCUGCUGCCAACAGUAUGCUGUCUGAAGCUCAGUUUCUGUGCUCCAUCUGCCUGGAUGUGUUCACUGAUCCAGUCAGCACACCAUGUGGACACAACUUCUGCAAAAACUGCAUCAGUGAACACUGGAAUGUUAAUUACAGAUGCCGGUGUCCCAAUUGUCAAGAGGUUUUUUCCAAAAGGCCUGAUUUGAAAGUCAAUACUUUUAUCAAUGAGAUGGUUUCUCAGUUCAGAAAGUCAGCUCAAUGGAACGCCAACAGGAGCAGCUUAGUUAAACAAAUUGCCAAACAAGGAGAAGUCCCCUGUGACGUCUGCACUGGUACCAAGCUGAGGGCCCUGAAGUCCUGCCUGGUGUGUAUGGUAUCCUACUGUGAGACUCACCUGGAGCCUCAUUUGACAGUGUCAGGCUUGAAAAGACAUCAGCUGAUCAACCCUGUGGAGAACCUUGAAGCCAGGAUGUGUACGAAGCACGAUAAACCUUUGGAGCUGUUCUGUAAAAGUGACCAGACAUGUGUCUGUACGCACUGCCCAGUUUUAGACCAUAAGACACAUGUAGUUGUUCCUCUGAAAGUGGAAUAUGAAGCAAAGAAAGCAGAGCUGGGGAAGACUGACGCUAAAAUACAGCAAAUGAUCCAGAAGAGACAACAGAAGAUUCAUGAAUUCAAACACUCACUGAAGGUCAGUCAGGAAAAUGCGUACACGGAGGUUGCAGAAGGUGUUCGGGUUUUCACUUCUCUUAAGGAGUCUGUUGAGAGAGGCCUGAGUGAGUUAAUCGAUGGAAUCCGAAAGGGCCAAAGGAAAACAGAGAAAUGGACCGAAGGCUUCAUCGAAGAGGUGGAACAGGAAAUCUCUAAGCUGAAGAAGAGAAGCUCUGAGGUGAAGGAAAUUUCACGCUCUGAAGACCACAUCCUCCUCCUCCAAAGCUUCCCAUCUUUGAAGGACAUCCCACCCACAAAGGACUGGACAGGGGUCAGCAUACCUCCAGCAUCAUAUAAGGGGACUGUGAUGAAAGCUGUGGUUCAGCUGGAGAAGACACUCAGUGAAAAGAUGAAGAAGCUGCUCGCUGAGGCUGAGCUGAAGAGGGUCCAGCAGUAUGCAGUGGAUGUGACUCUUGAUUUUCUUACAGCGCAUCCUGAACUCAUGCUCUCUCUUGAUAGGAAACAAGUGAGACAAGGUCAUGUGAAGAAGCUUCUCCCAGACAACCCAGAGAGAUUUUCUCAUUAUAAUUUUGUUCUAGGAGAGCAGAGUUUCUCUUCAGGCAGAUUCUACUUUCAGGUUCAGGUUAAAAACAAGCCAAAAUGGAACUUGGGAGUGGUCAGAGAGUCAAUCAGCAGGAAGGGAGAAAUCAAAAUGAGACCAGAGGUUGGUUUCUGGACCAUAUGGUUGAGAAAUGAAAAUCAGUACAAAGCUCUUGAUGACCCUCCAGUUGUUCUCUCUCUGCAGUCUAGGCCUGAGAAGGUGGGAGUGUUUGUGGAUUAUGAGGAGGGUCUGGUCUCCUUUUAUGACGUAGAUGCUGCAGUUCUUAUCUACUCCUUUACUGGCUGCUCCUUCACUGAGAAACUCUACCCGUUCUUCAGUCCCUGCAGGAAUGAAGGUGCUAGAAACUUUGACCCGCUGGUCAUCUGUCCGGUUACUUAAACUGCCUGAUCAUGAGCAGUUUAUUAAACAAUGAAGAAUUACCGACAUAUAUAGAUCAAUCUUAUUUCAUACCCACAGUGUAAAUACACACCAGACAAUGCCAAUGUCUGUCUUUUUAUUGAUUCAUUAACCUUUUUAACCGUGCAACACAGAGGGGUGGGUCCAUCAUGACAUCAAAGCUAGACCUUUACAUCCAAUAUGCAUCACAGGUAUGGCAGCCAUAAAAAUCUUGCCAUCCUGAACUUGAGUAUUUCUCUGUGUGUCAUAUAGCUUCAGCAUUUUAACAUGAUCAAUGAGUACCGCAUUUGUCUAUGUUAAAAUUAGUGUAAGUGUAAUGCUACUUAAAAAGAAAAUAUCUUUGUUCACAAGAGUCUGUCAUGUUUGGCCCCAAUAAUAUUGAUAUGCACAUUACUGAGUUAUGUAUGUAGUUACACAUUAAUUUGCCUUUAAGAUCUUAUUUACUUGCUUUCAGAGUUACUUGACUGUGUGUAUAAUUCUGUUGGUAUCUCUAGAUGUUGAUAUGGACAAUGUGUGUCAUUCCUUAUUGUAACAGAUACAUUUGGCAUAACAAUCAGAAGCUGUGUCACUAAACCAUUCUACAGCUGAACAGGGUCGGUCUCCUUAAACAACCAUUGUGCCUUUAUGACAACAAAAAUUACAGAUAAUUAGUAACGAGAGAG